AUGGCCGCCCAUAUCAAGCCGCUCGUUCUGCACGCCCACGCCUCGGGUCCGAAUCCAGUGAAGAUCGCCAUGGCACUGGAGGCACUCGGGGUCCCGUUCGAAGUAAAGCAGUGGGACUUGAGCGAUAAUCCCAAGAGCGGCGUCAAGGGAGCAGAGUACCUCAAAAUCAACGAGAAUGGGCGUGUUCCUGCAAUCGAAGAUCCCAACACUGGUGUUGUCUCAUGGGAAUCUGGGGCAUGCAUGAACUACGUUCGCCGUGUGUAUGACAAGGGUAACACGAUCGGUCCGUCGGGCGACUCGGCGCAGGAUCUCGUAGAUUUCGAAAAAUGGGAGUAUUUCCUCUUGACGACGCUUGGUCCCAUGACUGGACAAACAAAUUGGUUUAAGUUCGUGACUCCUAAAUAUGGGAGGAAUUACCAAAUGAUGCUGACUCUUUGGUCCUUCAGGCAUUUUAACUCACAGAAGAAUGACGAUGCACUGCAGCGAUACACGGCCCAGACCUAUCGCUGCUAUGAUGUUCUUGAGGGACAGUUGAAGAAGACACGCGGUGAGAGCAUUGUGCCUAGCCGUGUCACUGCUGUUGACUAUCAUUUCGAGCCUUGGGUGCGUCUGUAUGCCUUCGCUGGCCUGUCUCUUGACAAUUAUCCUAUGAUCAAGAAGUGGCUUGAUCUCAUGGCGACACGGGAGGAAGUUCAGGAGGCAUACAUAAAGGUUCAAGGUAAAAAGUAA